AUGUCGGAUAUUGAAACUACAACCAUUGACACUUCACUCACGCUUGAUACGUCGACCACAGUCGGAACCUCUUUCUCAACAGCGUCGACAGAUCUCUCGAGUUCCACGUGGACGGUGACUCAAACCUUUCAGCCCAACAAGACCAUGAUCGACGAUGGCACCUUUACAACCACCACGGUGACGACCAGUCUGAUAUCAGGUACUACGAGUAACUCCAGUGAUAUCUUUACCAUCUAUAAUGCAACAUCAACGGGUACGUCAUCGGCAACGUCUUGUUGGACUACAUCGAGUAUACCAUUUGGGUUGAACUCUACAACUCUCUCGACCGCAUCGCGUUCAAAGCCGAAUGUAACAUGGGCUGUUGGCCCUCCCCCUCGCAUGUCUGCAAGAUCAUCUACUUCCUCUACAACCACAACGGUAACCGUCAUGGACCCGCAUGCUGAUUCUACGACAACGACAAGCGAGGUCACUUCAACAUCUACUACUUCGUUGACAUUUAUCCCAAGUUGCGUGCCUGGACUCGAGGAAAACGUCGGCGUGCUGAACGGAGACCUCGAGGAUGGUCUGGCGCCGUGGUCUUUUGAUGUGGCCGAGCCUCGCACUGCCAAAUAUGGAACAGUCAAUGACGGGGUUGGCGGUUCGUGCUCGUCUUUCCUGGUGUCGCUCAAGAGAAGCAGGGAGACUGAGGACAGACCUGGCUUCCAGUUCUUCAGUCCACUUUAUGACGUUGAGAUCCAGCAAAGAUACCUCGUCUCGUUUUAUGUCAAAUUCCGAGAAGCCAACGAGGCCAGGAUCAUGCUGUCCGCCAACUCUCAAGAUCGCAAUAUUGCAACGGCGGUCGCGUUCAGGGACGGAACCGAAUGGACGAGGAUCCAGACUAUUUACGUGCCGACCAUGGACUGGAUCGAGCUCUUGUUCGCGUUUGACCUGGACGGGGCCGACAGCAACACGUUCCUGAUUGACCGCAUCCAGCUGACGCCCGCGCCACCAUUGUCCUCGACUGCGGCCUCUGGCUCUGAUGUGGUUGCAGCAACAUUUUCAGCGUCGCCGCCGCCGGCCUCGACCGACUUUACCCUAUCGGUGUUGGACUCUACACCGUCGGGGUUCACGGCAACGGCUACUACCGUGACAACCGCAGCAUCUGCCAGCGAUGCGCUUUGA